GCCUUUCUGUGCCAGAGGCUUUGUCCUUGCCUUCUUUUUCUUUUCAUCUUUGCUCGGGCACUGAGAAAGGGGGAAAGCCGUUGAAGUGACGCCUGACCGAUAAUAGGUGAAGCGCUCCCGUCUCUCCGUACUCUGUCGACUGGGGUUCCUUCCUAUACAUACGCUAUCUGCUUUGUUGUCUGGUCACUAGUGUCAAAAGAACGGCGUUUUUGAUAAUAAUAGUAAUCCAAUCUGACGAUAAUCCCAUUUCAUUCAGUCGCAGUUUGUGUGUGUGUGUGUGUGCGUACGUGUGUGUCUGGCCGUGUCGGAAAGCAGCUAGUCUUUCAGCUUUCCUUUUCGGCCGAUACUCUUUUUUUUAAUUAUUUCGUCGUCUUUCAGCAGCACUCUGCACUGUGCCGCACAACGACAUUGUGGGUACUCGUUGACAGACGAAAGCUAGGGAAAGUAACACCAAUAAGGUCUAUCUUUUUUUUUCCGGUUUCGGAAAGAGAGAGAGGGGGGAUAUAGACUGCGUAGGGGGGACCGCAUACAGACAAUUCAUAGUCUGUUUGUCGGAUCGUUGAAGGAAUACACCCAACAGGUGGGUAAAGGAAAAGAAAGAAACCCUACAGCUUUCACGUGUUGGUGGCGUCUGUGCAAAUUCCAAGCAGCGCCGAUCGCCGCCCGUAGACCCCCGCCCCAGGUAGUGCAUCCACAACUGCCAGCACACGGCUUAUUUGCACCGUCGAAUACCAAUUGAGCACAGCUGAAGGAAGCCCACAAACAAUCAAGAAGACAAUGGGCAGCGUCUGCAGCGUGCGCGGCCCCUCCCACAGCGGCACAUCGAGCCAAAAUGCCGUGUCGAUAUCACCUGAGAAGAAGUCCGCCUCCCUUUCCGCGGUGCGCCCGCUUGCGGCGACGGAGCUCGGCUCUGCUGCCCAGCGUCCCUCCAGGCCGCGCCACACCCGUGCCGCGAGCUUCCGACGACAGAAUAUAGCCAGCAAGCGCCGCGCGCACUCCCGUGCGGGGUUGACAAGCCCACGCGUGCGCAGUCCGGCCGAUGAACAGAACCGACAGCAGGAGGUGGAGCUUAACGCCACUAACGCUGCCACUGCCGUCUCUGCUGCUCCUUCGGCACGCAAAAGGCCGUUCGUACUACACACCGUGGCGACGAAGGACGUGGUGGAUGACGCGUCCUCGACGUCGGCGUCGACGCUUUCUUCGCGGCAGCAGCGUGCACAGCGAGCACACAAUGCGGUGAAGCGGAACGCAUGCGAGGGGGCCGCCCACCACUCCUGUGCGCACCGGUCAACGACGGCGUCGCGCAAACACAAGCACAGGAAAAGUAUCGUGGACGUCCCAACGCCGCCGGAUAACCCGUUAAAAUCGCUCGAUUCCUCGCAGGUGCUGCCGCCGCUGGAGCCGACUACCCCGCCCGCACCGACGUGUCGCAUGCGCAGUGUCCGUCGCGACAGUGAGCCGUUGGCAGCGGAGGCGGCAGCACCUGAAUCCGCUGCGACGGACAAGGCAGUGCCACCAACAGCGGAGAAGGCGGUCGCCGAGCCCGUCGUUCAACCACCGAUCACCACCGCUACCGCCCCAACCACCACCACCGCCACCACGACCGCCACCGCGGCUGUUCCUCAACCGCCGCCGCCGCCGCCGCUCCCCACAUCGACAGCCGCGUUGCCGUCACCGGCCACUGCGCCGGAGUCGAACUCCACUGGCCACAGCGACGCGGUCUUCACGGGGGUGAUGGACGCGAACCUGCUCAGUGAACCGGGAGUCGAGUGUUUUCAGAGCGUCUCGAUCGAUACGGCAGACAACGAGGAGUCCAGCUUCGCGUACGAGAACGGCUACGGCAUGUUCUUCAUCGCGACACCGGUCAGCCGGAGAGACUCAAACAGCGGUGGCGAGGCGGCACCGCUGACGACUGCCGCGGCGAAACAGCGGCCCCUCUCCCCCCCUCCCACCGAACUCAAGAUCGUGAAACCCCUUAGCAGACGCCAUCGCAGAGGGUCCUUUGUAUCCUUCGGCGGCGAAAUACGGCUGUCGUAG